AUGGAAGACGCCGGAAGUUUUCCCGUCUCCGGCAACUUAUCAACUAAGGUAGUCGCCGUCGCUGCGGGGGAAGCGCACACUCUCCUUCUUACUGGGGAUGGGCGUGUAUAUUCUUGGGGAAGAGGAAUAUUGGGACGGCUUGGGUUAGGUUCAGAACAAGAUGAGUAUUUUCCUGUUGAAGUGAAGUUUGGAUCAGGAGACAGUGUCAGAAUAGUGGGAAUUACUGCUGGUGCUUAUCAUAGUCUGGCUCUAGCAGAUGAUGGAUCUGUUUGGUGCUGGGGUUAUAAUAUAUAUGGUCAACUUGGUAUCAAUAAUGGAAAAUGUGCUGAUGGAGAUUAUUCUCCAGUGCCCUGCUUAUUGAACGAGUUUCUCGAGUUGCAUCCCCCUAAUGCUGAUUCUUCAAUAACUGUGUCAGAAGCAGAAGGAAAAGGAUCACUAAAGAUUGUUGAUGUCAAAGCAGGAGGAAUGAUGUCUCUGUCUAUUGAUAAUCUUGGGGCCCUGUGGAUGUGGGGAAAUUGUCCUCAUCAAAGCAACGAAGUUGGGUUUUCUCUUGUAAGCAAUUUCACUCCAACACCAGUGUGGGAUUUUCAUGGUCACACUGUAGUUAAAGUUGCAUGUGGGAAUGAACAUGUUGUAGCACUUGUUAGUGCUGGAGAAUCAUACAAGGGUGAAGAUGAUCUAGUGUGCUACUCUUGGGGUAACAACAGCCAUGGUCAAUUAGGCUUGGGGGAUAAGGAGAAUAGGCCAGGUCCAGAAGUGGUGAAAACAUUUGAUCAGGAGUCCCCUUGGGCAAUUUAUGAGGUAGCAUGUGGUGCCUUUCACACUGUUUUGCUCACUCACAAAAAGAGGUCUAGUGACACAUUAGAAAGCACAUGCUGGACAUUUGGCCUUGGGGAUAAUGGCCAACUUGGGCAUGGAACAACCCAAAGCAAAUUACUUCCUGAACCUGUUAAAGAAUUGCCACAAUAUGUUUAUCUUAUUUCUGUUGACUGUGGCUUGUUCCAUACUUGUGCUGUUUCCUCAGCUGGGGAUGUGUGGUCCUGGGGAAUGGAGAAGGGUCUUGGCUUAUGCCCUGAUGCUAGUUAUGCUGGAACAGAAUCUGGUGACGCUCUUUCUCCCCUUCUUAUCUCAUGCCAUCCAUAUCAACCUAAAUUUCCAAAACCAGUUCAAGUCGCAUGUGGGGCUGCUCAUACUAUUAUAGUUGCACAGGAGGGAUAUAAGCUCUGGUCUUGGGGUAGAGGAAGGAGUGGGGUUCUUGGAAAUGGAAAGGCAAUGGAUUGUUACACUCCCAAGGUAGUGCUGUGGCCUCCACUGAUGGAAGAUUUUAAACAAGAGGAACUACAGAACUCUGAUGAGAAAUUAUUUUCAGCAUUAAAUGAACUGAAGCUACUUCAAACAAAGCUAUCUAUGAUGGAAAGAUAUGCUAGUAUACUUCAUAGUUCUAUCUUUGGAAAACCUUUUGAUGAGCAAGAUAUCCAUGAUUCGUUGCGAAAUUCUGGGGCUUUUGACAUUGCCAAGGAAUGGGAGAACAUGUUAGAGGCAGCAGAUCAUAAGAAGCUAAUUAAGUUGGAAAUGUUCUACCGAAACAUGCUUGCUGGAGUGAAAGAUAAAUUGAUGAAGAGAAAGAUCAAGGAAAUUAUAAAGGAAUGCCUACAAUCUUCAGAGGUGGAAAAUUAGUAUAUAUAAAGGGUUUUAUAAAAGCAAGAAGUAUACGAUUCUGAUAAAAGGAUUUCUCAUACAGAUUAAUAAGCUAAUUGUGCGCAAAAUGGUAUCUCAGGCUUGUUUACAAGACUCUGGGAGAUUGAGAUAUGUACAGAAGUUGAGCACCAAUAGCCCACAAUUUAAAAUAUUUAAAUUACUUACGUAUAUAUUUUUUCUUUGGAAGCGAUUACUAAUGUACA